AUUGAAAUUGGGGUCAGAAGAUUGAAUUUGGGUUCGUUGUUCGUGAAGGUUCGUCAGCGCGGAGAAUGUGAUGCUGGAGGUGGUGAAAAUGGUGUCUGCAAACAUAUUUAGGACACUCAGUCCUCAGCCACGCGAGAAUAAGAUCGUUGAUGGUGUUGAUGUGGAGGAGGAGGAGCCUUCGAUGGAUCCUGCUUGGCCUCAUUUGCAAAUUGUGUAUGAGCUUUUUCUGCGGUUUGUGGCCUCACCUGAGCUGGAUCCGAAGUUGGCUAAGAGAUACAUUGAUCAGUCCUUCAUUUUGAAGCUGCUNGAUUUGUUUGACUCCGAGGAUCCGAGGGAGCGGGAGUACUUGAAGAUGACUCUNCACCGUAUCUAUGGCAAAUUCAUGGCGCAUCGCCCUUUCAUCAGGAAGGCCAUCAACAAUGUGUUUUUUAAUUUUAUUUUUGAGACUGAGAAGCAUAAUUGGAUUGCCGAAUUCUUGGAAAUUCUUAGGAGCAUCAUCAAUGGUUUUGUGUUGCCAUUGAAGGAAGAGCAUAAACUGUUUCUUGUUCGCAUCCUGAUUCCUCUGCACAAGCCAAAAUGCCUGGCAAUGUAUCAUCAGCAGUUGUCGUAUUGCAUUACUCAGUUUGUGACAGCGAACCCUAACCUGACCCCAAUUUCAAUCCCAAUCCCCAUUGCAAUCCAAUUCCAAUUACCCCAAUAUUCUGACCCUAAUUACCCUAAUCUUCUG